GGUUGUUUGGAUAAAUCCGCAGCGAAAAAAAAGACGGUGUCCUUUCGGAAGUAAAUCCACAGAAAAAUCUCAGUUCAAAGUUAAAAUCCUCAGUGAAAAGUGCAGUGCUGGUAGUGGAAAACAUGUUCAAAAACACCUUCCAGUCGGGGUUUCUCUCGAUUCUGUACAGUAUAGGUAGCAAACCGUUGCAGAUCUGGGACAAGAAGGUUCGCAAUGGUCACAUAAAACGUAUCACCGAUCAGGAUAUUCAGUCGCUGGUGCUGGAAAUCAUCGGAACCAACGUGAGCACAACCUACAUCACCUGCCCGGCGGAUCCGAAGAAAACACUCGGCAUAAAGUUGCCGUUUUUGGUGAUGAUCAUCAAGAACCUGAAGAAAUAUUUCACAUUCGAAGUGCAGGUCCUGGACGAUAAAAACGUAAGACGGCGUUUUCGGGCCAGCAAUUACCAAUCGACUACUCGAGUAAAGCCAUUCAUCUGUACCAUGCCUAUGCGAUUGGAUGAAGGAUGGAAUCAGAUUCAGUUCAACUUGUCCGAUUUCACACGUCGUGCCUACGGGACAAACUACGUAGAAACUCUGCGGGUUCAAAUCCACGCUAACUGCAGGAUUCGGCGAGUGUACUUCUCCGACCGGCUCUACUCCGAGGAUGAACUGCCGGCCGAAUUCAAACUCUUCCUGCCCAUUCAGAAACCCCAAUCCAAAGCCAUUGCCCAACAAGCAUGCUAACAAGACUCUGAGAAUGCUUGAAAGAAGCAGAGGAGAAGACAAGACUUUUUUUACCAAAAAGGAAAGCAAAACUCAUCACCCAUAUAUUUAUGAUAACUAGGUUUUCACUGCACUCCAAAAUAUUUGUUUCCCCCAAUUUGCACUUGCUUUUAUAAUACAUCUCUUUCGCCCAGUCCAAAAUAUCAAAUCCGAGUAACCGAAAUAAUCAAAGUGUCCUUACCACUCCGAAAUAUACAACAUACAGUCCAGUAGAGCAAACAACAGUACAUCGUAAUCAAUAACCCAGCAGCAGCAGCAACAACAACAGUAGCGAAGUGAGAGUAUUCGGGACCUGGGCAGUCCGUGCACAAAUAAUACAUAAUUGAAGUUGCCAUUUUCUUUCGAGUGAGUAAACCGUUCUUAUUCAUUCACCGAUAAAACCACACGCUAUGCAUCGACACCUCCUGGUGGGUGUUGUUGUGCCCCGCCAGCAUAUAGAUUUUGUACAUUCGAUUCAAAACCGGUAAAACGAUGGUCGAUCAUGCGUUGAAGUGUUCAGCUAUAACUUUUUUUCAUUCUAUGCUUGGUUUGAGAUAUCAAUACAUCGUGUUUUGGAUGCUAAUUACGAAACGUUGAACCGGGAUUGAGAAAUAAACAAAUGCAGUUGAAAUGUGUUUUAUAGGCUGAUGUGAUGGAUGAAAAAAUAAAUGUUGUAAAUAGGCGUAAUCAAUUAAGAAA